UUACUAACAAAAACAACAAAUGAUCUGAAUUUUGCGUUUCUCCUCUCAUUUUCAUAUCUUAUUUUAUUUAAAUUAAAGUCGUAUUUGGAAGCAGGAGCCAUGAUACGAGAAGAUAUAAGUGACGCGAACGUAAUAUUUGGUGUAAAACAAGUUCCGAUCGAUGCUCUCAUUCCCGGCAAGACUUAUUGCUUUUUCUCGCACACAAUCAAAGCGCAAGAGUCAAAUAUGCCCCUAUUGGAUGCAAUUUUGGAAAAAAAUAUUCGACUCAUCGACUAUGAAAGAAUUGUCGAUGAAUCGGGACAUAGAAUGGUUGCAUUUGGAAGAUAUGCCGGCGUUGCUGGAAUGAUAAACAUACUUCAUGGAAUCGGAUUGCGCUUAUUGGCGUUGGGACAUCAUACACCAUUUUUGCAUAUUGGACCGCCUCAUAAUUAUCGAAAUUCAUCGAUGGCUCGUCAAGCUGUACGUGAUUGUGGUUAUGAAAUUGCGUUGGGUUUAAUGCCCAAGUCGAUUGGACCACUUACAUUCGUUUUCACCGGGUCAGGCAAUGUAUCACAAGGCGCUCAAGAAAUUUUCCAAGACUUACCUAUUGAAUACGUUGCUCCCGAGACGCUGAGAAAAGUUGCAGAACACGGAAAUCAAAACAAGAUUUAUGGAUGUGAAGUAAGUCGAUCGGAUCAUCUGGAACGUAGAGAGGAUGGUGGUUUUGAUCCCCAAGAGUAUAUUGAGUUUCCAGAACGUUAUAUUUCAACAUUUUCAAAGAAAAUAGCACCGUACGCUUCGGUUAUUGUAAAUGGCAUUUAUUGGGCCGUAGGAAGUCCAAAACUAUUGACAAUUCCAGAUGCAAAAACAUUAUUAAGACCGGCAAACACUCCAUGGCUCCCAUACAGCCGAGGUGCGCCUCCUCUUCCUCAUCGAAUGUUAGCAAUUUGUGACAUAUCGGCAGAUCCGGGCGGUUCGAUCGAAUUCAUGAAUGAAUGCACAAACAUCGAUACACCAUUCUGUUUGUACGAUGCCGAUCGUAAUAAAGACACAAAGAGCUUUAAAGGACCCGGAGUUCUUGUGUGUUCAAUAGAUAAUAUGCCCACACAAUUGCCGUUAGAAUCUACGGAUCUUUUUGGGGACUUAUUAUUGCCGUAUACUUCGGAUAUUCUACAAAGCGAUGCCACAAAACCACUUGAAAGUCAUAGCUUCAGCAUUCCAAUUCAUUCGAGCAUCGUUGCAAGUAAUGGCAAAUUGACAGAUAAUUUUGAGUAUAUUGCUGAACUUAGAGAAGCAUCUGUUCGCAGUCGCCAUAAUAGCGAUUCAAGUUCAUUGGAUGGACGUAAACGAGUGCUUGUUUUGGGAGCUGGUAUGGUAUCAGAGCCGCUUGUCGAAUACUUAUGCCGUGAUGAAAAGGUCUCCAUCAAUAUUUGUUCGCAAUUCAAAGACGAAGCUGAUACGCUGGCGAAUAAAUUUCCGGGAGUGAAAAGUACUUACUUAUCGGUCACCGAAAAUCCCAAUCAUUUGGCUGAAUUGUGUAGUCAAAGCGAUGUUGUCGUCUCAUUGCUUCCAUAUGCUCUGCAUGGAAUCGUUGCUGAAAAAUGUAUUGAAGUGAAAACAAACAUGGUAACUGCGAGCUAUAUUACAGAUCAUGUUCGCUCAUUACACAAAGCCGCCACCGAUGCUGGUGUGACUAUUUUAAAUGAAGUCGGCUUAGAUCCUGGCAUUGAUCAUUUCUUGGCUCUUGAAUUAAUCAAAGAUGUCCAUGAAAAAGGCGGUUCAAUUGAAUCUUUGAUUAGCUAUUGCGGUGGAUUGCCAGCACCGGAAAGUUCGAAUAAUCCAUUACGUUAUAAAUUCUCUUGGUCCCCACGGGGCGUUUUGGCAAACACACUAUCGCCAGCAAAAUAUUUGAAUCGCGGACAAAUCGUGGAAAUCUUAGGUGGUGGUGACCUAAUGUCUGCACCGAAAGAUUUAAAUUUCUUGCCUGGAUUUGCAUUGGAAGGUUUCCCGAACAGAGAUUCGACAAAGUACGGUGAGUUGUAUGGCUUGGGACCCAAUGUCUGCACAUUGUUGCGUGGAACAAUUCGCUACAAAGGCUUUUCGGAAUGCAUUCAAGCCAUUCAAACUCUUGGACUCAUAGACACUGAACCUCAUCCGAUGUUGCACCCGAAUGGACCGGAUAUUACAUGGCGUCAGCUCAUUGUAAAUAUGUUGGGUUUAACCGAUCCCAGUAUGUUCUAUGAAAAUCUGAAACAACGGCUUGGUGAACGAGUUCCAAUUGAGUAUGUUGAUGAUAUUGAACAAUUAGGUUUGUUGGACGAAACUCCGGUCGUAAAAUUGAAUACACCAAUCGAUACACUCAGCAAUUAUCUUAGCAAGCGAUUAGCUUUCGAUGAUAACGAACGUGACUUGGUAAUUUUGCGUCAUGAGUUCAUUGUUCGUUGGCCGGAUCAAACGCGUGAGCAGAAAGGUAUCGAUUUUGUUGUCUACGGCACGCCAAAAAAUCAAAACGGAAACUCCGCCAUGGCUCUAACAGUGGGAUAUCCCACUGCGAUUGCCACAAAGAUGAUACUCGAUGGUGAAAUUCAAGAGCGUGGAGUCGUUUUGCCAUUCGCUCCCGACGUGUUUAUGCCAAUGUUGUCGCGACUUCGAGCCGAAGGCUUUACAUCGAAUCACUCAUCGCGUAUAUUAAAUUGAGAUAGCACUUCUUUUAAUAUAUGAACAAAACAGGCCUAUUUCAUUAAAUCUUCAACAUUCUCAUUUGAGUUUAUCAUUAUCUUGUUGAUUUUUGCUAUUUUUGACCGUAAUUUAUUUACAAUAUUUUAAAAUAAAGAUUAAAUGAAACAAUAAAUAGCCGUUUAUUCCUGUAAA